AAAAAAACCUGACAGAUGACUCUCAGAUCGUUCUGCAACAUCUGCAACUUGAAGUCUUUGCACUCAUUAAGCCCCCCGCAGCUUCGACAAAGACAUCCUCAUGCUGGACACUCGUACGUCAGGACCCGCGCACAAACAAGGGGACUGAAGCUGAGAAAAAUGUAAUGGAUAUCCACGGGUAUUUACCUCAUCUGUUGUCAUAUGCCGGAGUUCAUAACCUCUGCUUGGAUGUGUGGGAGGGGCCGCUCAAUGCUGAGUCUGCUGAUGGAUUGCUGGAAGUUUGUUCACACAUAGCAAGGACAAAUACUUUCAUUUGAGUGUGUCAAUAUUCGUCGCUGUUAUAGCUGGAGGAGUUUUAAUCCUACAUUUUAAAGUUUUUUUUUAAUGAAAAAAGAACAUUUUGGUCCCAGCUGUCGGUGGGUUUUAUUCAGAGGAUCUUUUUUAUGAUGCAGCCAGAUGUGACCUUCAGGGACCAUAAGGAGAUUGAACUUUAAAAUACGGCAGAUUUAAACGAUUUGACAUAAGAGCGGAGGACCUUUUUUCUUUGGGUGGACGGAAAAACUUGAUUUAAGAGGUGAGAACAAAAAAUUCAUGUGAAAAAUGACCCAUAAAUUUUUUUUCCGAACACUUUUGCCCUUGAACUUUAACAAAUUUGGUCUCUAAUUCAAGGUCCCAAAUUGUUGCAAGAGAUCAUUUUGUUAGAGUUGUAAUGAUCAAGCUGAUAUAAUGUGAUGAUAGUUGACAUUUUUCACAGGCUUGUCUCUCCUUAAAAAGAUUCGGUCCAUCAUCAUCUUUAAACCCUGUCACCAUGGAGCACUCCCCCUCCAUGAACUUGUCCAUGGUGGACGGAGACGACGUGGAGGACCACCACCCCCUCCUCCCACAGAGGAUGCUGCCUACCCAGAUCUGCUCGCCACAAUGUGGGAUCCACCAAAACAUCCAAACCCCCAUCAACCAGACCAUGUGGCUGGACAGAACGCAGGCCAUGGCAACCACACCUUUAUACAACGGGCACCUGUACGUCACAUGUUCACCUCGCUCCAGCAAGAGAGGAGACAAAGGAAAAGAGAAGAAGAAAUCAGGGAAGAGUCGACAGCAUCCGGCACAUUCUCAGCACAGUUACCAUUGUAAGGUCGGAAACACAGGAGCUCUCAGACUGCAGGAGACAGUUACCUCUUUCUCUGACGUCCCCGUGUCUCCCUGUGGGUCCCCUUAUAAAGGCCUCUGCAGGUCACACCUGGACAUAAAAGAUGAGGACAGGGGGCGCCGCAAGUCCAGCAAUGUUUCACUGGAGAUGCAUGAUCGGCAGACUCUCCCAGAGAUCAUCAUCACCAGCAAAGACGAUGAUGACUUUCAGCCUCUUCAUGACACAAUGCAGUACCACCAGGACCUGCAGGAGGCCAAAGACCUGCUGCCCAACUCAGAGGGACCAAGUCAGCCCUCCAGUCCUCCAUCCAGCCCGAAAGUGACAGCCGAUGAUAGGGAGAAGAUACGCAACAUCGGCUGGAGGCUGCUGCGCAGGAGGUCUCUGUUCUUGAAGAGGCAGAGGCUGAACGACUGCGCCCUGGCUGUGGGGAUAUUUGGGAUGUUGAUGAUGGUGAUGGAGACGGAGCUGUCCUGGAGCGUCUACAGUAAGGUCAGAGAAAGAGGGCUGAAAGAGGGAAAUGAAAAAAUAUGUGAGCAGGUUUUAAAUGUUUCUGUAUUAUUAUCUGAUGUAACCUAUAAACAGUCCUCUAAUGAUAACCUUUGUUACAUGAUCUUUAGCACUUUUGGAAAUCUGUUUAGUCAGUAUCAACCUUCCACUAUUUCCUGGUAAAUCUAAAGCAUGCCUAUGAGAUAAAAUGGAUAAUCUAUGAGCAUGCAUUAUUAUAAUAAUGUAAUGGUGUGGGUUUGUGUGUGUCACAGAGCUCCGUCUACUCCCUUGCAUUCAAGUCAGUCAUCAGUUUGUCCACUCUCAUCCUGCUGGGCCUCAUCAUAGCGUACCACUACUGUGAAGUGCAGGUAAUUCAGCUCUCAUAAUGUCCUCUGUGGAAGUCUCUUAGAUUAAGUUCCUUUGAAGUGACUCCUCGGGGAGCUGAAAAUGGUUCAGCUGAGGGGAAGGGGGCCUUCUGGAUCAGUGGAUGAAAAUCUUGCAGUCUUGUACCCUAUUUCAAAAGUCUGCCUAUGCGCUAUCAGCAAAGGUUAUGAAAGCAUACGCGCUUCAACUAAGGAGUGUUUUCCUCUCCUUUGUCUUUUUUAUUUGAGGAAUAUUUGGCUGUAAAUUGGUACCAUAAAUGUAAUUUUACAAGAAAGAAGCUGAAAUGAGGAGAAUACUCAAAAAGAGCUUUAUCCUAAUUCCUAAAGUUUGUCGCAAUCUACUUAUUCAGUAUUACAGUCCUAUAAUUUCUGACUCUUUAUGGUUUUAGAAAGAAAAGGACCAAAAUGAACACUUUUUAAAGCUCGUAUAAGGAGUUUUUUCUCUCGUUAUAAGAUAAACUAAUAAUAACAUUGAUAUUUCCCAAGGACUUUCACAUGUACAGGACAAAAUGGGACAAGAAAUAAGAGGUAGUGCGUUGUCUACAGGGGUGCUAAAAUUCAUGCAACCUGAAAGUUGCUCACAGGAUCUUUAAUGUCAGACACUUUAAAUGUUAAUCUCAAGCACAGGUAAAGACCAUGAUACAGGUGUCUCUUUUAGCUGACGAUGUGUCAUCACACAAGGCAGUUCAAAACCACAUGCCAAUGUUUUAGGGCCUGUGUCCACUAACUGCAUUUUUUGCAUCUGUACUGCCUUUUAUCCAAUAAAGCCAAUAUUUUUGAUGGUAUUGUAGUGAGCGCAAAAACAGUCUUGUUAUCAGCUUCUUGUUGUAGCACUUUCAGCUGACAAUAGUUCAUCCUUUAACACCUCUGCAGUCAUCAGUGCAAACAUUGCCAGAUUGCAGUGGUCUGUGCAAGGGAGCACAACUACUUUUACUGUAAUAGAAUAUUUUCGCAUUCUUUCCUUCGCUGCCUAAAAGACGCUACGAAGUAAAGUGAAAGAUGCUGCAGAACAAAGUUGUAACCUAGCAACAUUAAGCACUGAGGAGAAGGAUUCUGAAUGUCUGGUUAUGGGUGUGGCCAGAAAAAAAAGUAGCUUUUGGUGGACACUCCUAAUACAUCUUUACUGUGAUGCACCUGAUUCUUCUCUGCACCAUUAAAGCUCCUGUAAGGAGUUUUCUUGGGUAUUAAACAGGCAGAAAUGAACAGUGAUAUGUUUCUACGAUGUACAAAAGCAAAUGAGACCUCUGAAAACAAAAAGAUGAUUUUGAUUUUGUAAUUAUUAAUGUCUUUAACUGCUCUCAGGGGGUAGGUUCACUUCAGGGAACAGCUUUUGAUACUUUAUUUACACCAAAUAUUUAUACAUUUCACUGUAAAAAGACACUGUUAUCAAUUCACACCUUUUAGAUAAUGACAACACAAAAUCAGCAACAAUAAAGGAGUUACCACGUUGUCCAUGGGGGGGGCACCAAAAUCAACACAGACAGAAAGUUCCUCACAGUAGCUUUAACCAUAAAACUAGAGUCUCAAUAUUAUGAGCUGAUACUGGUCUAUAUGAAUUGUUUUUUGCUUUUUUUAUAUAAGAUUAAAAUAUUUUAUUUCUUUUGGAGGAAAAAGAUCAUUAAUUGUUUGACGGUUAGAUUUUUAACUUUUCUAUACAUAAUUUUUUCUAGCUCAAAAAUUCCCUAUAAUGACGACUAUAUUGAAAAUCUUCAUCCUUCAAAAAUCACUGUCAUUUUUGAAAAACCCCAAAACAGCCUGUCCUUAUGUAAGACAUGCAGAAUUAUUGGUUCACAGUCUCACCUUUUCUGCACCUUAGUCACUGAAGUUGCUUGAUUGACCUCUCCUCACCUCCUCAUAGCUCUAUGUUCACGACAUUGGAGCAGAGGAUUGGCGAAUUGCCAUGACAACUGAACGUUUGGCCCUGAUUAUCCUGGAGCUGGCGGUGGUGGCCAUCCACCCUUACCCUGUGGGGUUGAUGGCGUACUUUGAGCAGACUCUCCGCCACAUCACGCCACGCCUGUCGCUGUCAGAGACGGAGCUGGAGAUCGUGCUUGCCCUGCCCAUGUUCCUGCGUCUCUACCUGCUGGGCCGCGCCAUGAUGCUGCACAGCCGCUUGUUCACCGACACAGCGUCCCGCAGCAUUGGAGCGCUGAAUAAGGUGGGAGGUCACCCUUUCAAAAUCUGCCUUUUUUGCUUUGAAUAGUUCUGCCAUGAAAUCAUGCAACCCUUUUUUUUGUAAAGAAAAAGGUGAAAGUUGAGGCUUGACUCUGUGAGAAAUGAUUUUAAAAACUGUGACAGUGGGAUAUUGAAGUCAGUUUAGGGUCAGUAAUUUGGGCAGAACUUCCUCUACGAACAUUUCAUGCACAUCUGUUUAUGUUUCACGUCUAGGUGGGCCGAGAGGUCUGUAAAGGUGUGACACUUGAGGUGUGACUAUCACAGUUUUGCUCUAUGAAUCCCAGUGGUUUCGCAUGCUGAUUAUAUCCCUCUGCUGGCUCUCCUCUGCUUGGCUGCUUUCUUUUCCACAGUCGAUAAUAUCCGUGCAGCUAAUCCUUUCCCUUAUGAACGCUAUUUAAGAGUGACGAAAAUGACCUUUGCUUCCCCUCUGCAAUGCCAAACCUACUAUCCAUGUAUCAAGCCAGAUUGAGAGCGACUUCUCUCAUCCCUCAUGUCCUCUGCAUUAUAUAAUCGUAAUCUGACAGGUGCUAUCCUAAAUAUACCGACGGGGCCCAGACUGUCAACACUGAACAAUAGAUGUGUCCUGUGUGUGAUCUUUAGAUUCACUUCAACACCCGCUUUGUGGGGAAAACCCUGAUGACCACCUACCCCGGGACAGUGCUGAUGAUUUUCAGCGUCUCUUUAUGGAUUGUGGCAGCAUGGGGCCUGCAUGUGUGUGAGAGGUAGGCUCCUUAUUUUAGCUUUUGCUGGUGAUGAAACAUAGUGAAACUGAUAGUUUUCUAUGAACCCUAACUCAAAAUCACUAAGGUGUGCUCCUGUGGGGGACUUUGUGUGUGUCUUUGUGCUUAAGUAGAGGCUUUCUAUUAAAAAAAUCCCUUACAGGAGCUUUAAAAGGUGUCCUUUAUAUCCCUCACAGACACCACAACUACAGGGACUUAAGCAGCAACUACAUGGAAGCUCUGUGGAUGAUCUCUGUCACCUUCCUGUCCAUCGGUUACGGAGAUGUGGUGCCUCACACCUACUGUGGUCGCAGUAUCUGCCUCCUCACAGGGAUUAUGGUGAGACGGAGAGAUGUAAUGUUUGGUUCGCACUACGGCAAGUUAGCAGAUUGUUUUUUGACUUGUAAUGUCUAACUGUGAUUCUCACAGGGAGCGGGCUGCACAGUCCUGGUGGUGGCUGUUGUCGCCAGGAAGCUGGAGCUGACCCGAGCUGAGAAACAUGUGCACAACUUUAUGAUGGACUCACACAUCACAAAGAGGGUGAAUGCAAAUACUAAACUUAGUGUUUUCGUAAAUAAAGGAGGAAUACAAGGGAUUCAGUUAAGGCUUCAACAUCUUUGAUUUGUUUUAAUUUCUUCAAAAAACUCCUCACAGGAGCUGUAAUCAAGAAAAAUCCAAAAAUAUGAGGAAUUUCACUUGAAAACGGACAAUUCACAUCACUCCAUGUGCUGAGUUUUUCUGUGGUUUCUUUAAUUUCCAGGACAGAUCUGUCUGCGAGCUGAACUUGUGAAUAAUGUCCUAGCCCUCUAGUUUUGAUUCUUGAUGUUCCUGUUAUUUAUCACAGGGAGUAAAUUACUUUUAUUCCCCCGGAUAUGUGCAUAAACAUAAAACAUCUCUGUCUGGAUGAUUUUCCGUGUCCCUUCACUAGAUAAAAAUUGCUGCAGCGAAUGUGCUGAGAGAGACUUGGAUGAUCUACAAACACACUAAGCUGUCAAGAGAAAGAGACCACACCAGAGUCCGCAUGCACCAGAGGAAGCUGCUGCUGGCCAUCCACCAGUAAGACACAGAGCUCUUUUAUGAGGACGUGUCUGCAGGACAGACAGUCCCAGGAGGAGAUGGUGUAAACAUUCAUGACCUGUUUCUUCGUCAAGGUUUAAUGUCUGAACUCCGGCCCCAAGACUGUGUAAUUCUCUGCCACUUAUAAAAACUAAUAAUAAUAAUAAGUAGCGCCCCACGAGGCACCAACGAGUGUUGCGCCACCACCUCUGUGGACGGCCUCCCCAGCAGACCACGGCCCUGUCACACUGCCUGUGAUCCCCUGUGCAAUGCUCUCUAUGGCAGCCAGGAUAGUUGUGACUGAAGCUUGUAACUGCCUUUGAGUGAAGUUGCUCAUUUAUAGUGUAAAACCAUCAAAUUAAGUAUGAUGAAAAUAUCACAGUAAAGUUUGAUAAACAUGCCACAGUAUAGUCUGAUAAAAAUGUCAUAGUAUAGUAUUAUAAAAAUUUUAAAUUUCAGUAUGGAUAAAAAAUGUCAUGGUAUAAUAAAAGUUCAAAAAAUGUCAGUAUAGUAUGAUAAAAAUGUCAAAUUUUAGUGUGAAAAAAUAACAUAGAAUAGUAUGUUAAAAAUGUCUUGGUAAAAUAGAAUUAAAAUAUCUUAGUAUACUUUGACAAAAAUUUCAAAUUAUAGUAUGAAAAAAUAUGAUAUAGUAAGAUAAACAAACAUCGUAGUGUAGUAUGUUAAAAAUUUCACAUUUUAGUAUGAAAGUAAUGUCAUAGUAUAGCAUGACAAAAAUAUCAUAGUAUAGUAUGUUAAAAAAUGUCAUAGUAUAGUAUGGUAAAAAUUCCAAAUUUCCGUAUAAAAAAAGGUCAUAGUAAAGUAUGAGAAAGAAAAGUUUAAUUUCAGAAAGACAAAAAAUUUCAAUGUAUAGUAUGUUAAAAUAUGUCAUAGUAUUGUAUGAUAAGAAUUUUAAAUCUUAGUAUGAAAAAAUGUCAUAGUAUGCUAUGAUUCAAAGUUAAAAAUCCAGUAUGAAAAAAAAUGUCAUAGUAUAGUAUGAUAAAAAUUUUAAAUUUAAGUAUGACAAAAUGAAAUAAAGUAUGAUACAAAGGUCAAAUUUCAGUAGUGAAAAAAUGUUAUAGUAAAACAUGUUUAAAAUGUCAUAGUAUACUAAGAUAAAAAUUUCAAAUUUCAGCAUAAAACAUUAGUAUAAUCUGGUGGUUAGUGCAGUGGUCUCACAGCAAGAAGGUCCAUGGUUCAAAACUUGGUAAGGCAGAAAAUAAAAAGGUCAUGAUAUAGUAAUGAAAAAAAUGUCAUAGCAUAGUAUGACAAAAAAAUUCAACUUUAACAACGAAAAAAAUAUGUCAUUGUAUAGUAUGUUAAAAAAUGUCAGAGUAUACUAUGAUUAAAAUUUAAAUUUCAGUGAAGACAAAAAUAUCAUAGUAUAGUAUGUUAAAAUAUGUCAUAGUAUAGUAUGAUAAAAAUUUCAAAUUUUAGUAUAAAAAAGGGACAUAGUUAAGUAUGAGAAAGAAAAAUUCAAUUUCAGACUGAAAAAGUCACUGUAUAGUAUGUUAAAAUAUGUCAUAGUAUAGAAUAAUAAAAAUUUCAACUUUUAUCAUUAAAAAAUGACAUUGGAUAGUAUGAUAAAAAUGUCAGUAUAAUAUGAUAAAAAUGUCAUAGUAUAUUAUGUAAAAAAAUAUCAUGGUAUUGUAUAAUAAAAAUUUUAAAUUUAAGUAUGAAAAAAUGUCAUAGUAUUCUAUGAUAUAAAGUUAAAAAUCCAGUAUGAAUAAAAAAAGUCAUAGUAUAGUAUGAUGAAAAUUUCAAAUUUAAGUUUGACAAAAUGAUUCAGUAAAGUAUGUUUAAAAUGUCAUAGUAUACUAAGAUAUAAAAAUGUCACAGGAUAAUAUGGUGAAAAUGUCAUAGUAAAGUUUGAUAAAAAGGUCGAAUUUCAGUAGGGAAAAUGUCAGUAUACUAAGAUAUAAAUUUUAAAUAUCAGCUUUAAAAAAUAUCAGAUUUUAGUAUGAAAAAAGGCUGCAGAAUGGUUGACCCUGAGCAGUAGUGUAGUUGUUAGCACUAUGGUCUCAUAGUAAGAAGGUCCUUGGAUCAAUACCCGGUAUGGCAGGAAAUAAAUAGGACAUUAUAUGGUUUUUAAAAAAAUGUCAUAGCAUAGUAUGAUAUGAAUUUACAUUUUUGAAUGACAAAAAUGUCAUAGGAUAGUAUGACAAAAAAUUCAACUUUAACAAUGAAAAAAAUAUGUCAUAGUAUAGUAUGUUAAAAAAUUUCAAAUUUCAGUGAAGACAAAAAUGUCAUAGUAUAGUAUGUUAAAAUAUGUCAAAGUAUAGUAUGAUAAAAAAAAUCAAAUUUUAGUAUAAAAAAUGGACAUAGUAAAGUAUGAUUAAAAAAAUCAAUUUCAGAAAGAAAAAGUCACUGUAUAGUAUGUAAAAAUAUGUCAUAGUAUAGAAUAAUAAAAAUUAAAAUUUUUAUUUAAAAAAAAUGACAGUGUAUAUUAUGAUAAAAAUGUCAGUAUAAUAUGAUAAAAAUGUCAUAGUAUAGUAUGUUAAAAAAUAUCAUAGUAUUGUAUGAUAAAAAUGCCAAAUUUUAGUAUGAAAAAAUGUCAUAUUACACUAUGAUAUAAAGUUAAAAAUCCAAUAUGAAAAAAAAAUUCAUAGUAAUGUAUGAUGAAAAUUUCAAAGUUAAGUAUGACAAAAUGAAAUAGUAUAGUUUGUUAAAAAAAUAUAGUAUGGUAUGUUAAAAAAAAUUCUAAUUUCAGUGAAGACAAAAAUGUCAUAGUAUAGUAUGUUAAAAUAUGUCAAAGUAUAGUAUGAUAAAAAAAAAACUAAUUUUAGAAUAAAAAAGGGACAUAGUAAAGUAUGAUUAAAAAAAUCAAUUCCAGAAAGAAAAAAAGUCACUGUAUAGUAUGUUAAAAUAUGUCAUAGUAUAGAAUAAUAGACACUGUAAGCCAGCAGCUACAUGGACCGUCUUUGUGUUGUGAUUCAGGGUCAUUUAUUCUUGAUCAUGUUGGUCUGCAGGUUACGAAGGGUUAAGAUGGAAAAGCGAACUCUUGCAGAUCAGGCGAACACCCUUGUUGAUCUGUGCAAGGUGAGAGAGGCAAGUGAACGCAUCAUUUUUGCACCGCAUCCUACCAACACUUACACAUAGUAGCAUCUAAAAUUCCCUGAUGCCUUUUUCUCUCUCUUCUUUAACACACACACACUUACACCCACACCACGGCUGGACCCAAACGCAGAUGCAGACCCUGAUGUAUGACGUGCUGUAUGAGGUGCAGGGCUGCAGGGCGGAUUUGGACUCCCACAUCCACAGCCUGGAGAAGCACGUGGAGGAGCUGAGGGAGGGUUUUAGGAGCCUGAUGCCGCUCCUGUCCAGCACCCUGUCUACUCAAAACUCCUCCAUCAGACACCUGCUGAGGGAGCGGGAGACCAAGACAGAGGCUGCCGCUGCUGCUGCAAGCUUGGACAGGUAGAGGGAGGAGGACGACGACGCAGGAGAAAUAGUGGGAUCCUCUUGAAGUUAUCAGUUUAUAAUGCAGUAACAUGAACAAAGAGGGACUGUUUCUUCUUGCAGGGAUGAGAAUCUAACUUUAUACCAAAAUAAAAGCAGUACAGGGCUGUUAGAAAGUUUUUAAAUGUUUGUAGCUCCAUUUUCUGUUGUUAAAACACCAUAAAAAUUCAGGUUUUUGACUCAGAAUCUUUGUUUUGAGAAAAAAUAUUCAACUUGAACAGUAGAAUCACAAUAAUUGCCCUUCUCUGUAGUUUCAGCAACUUCAUGCAAAACUUGACAUUUACCUUAUUCUUACAUUCAAAUAAGAGAUUUAAAGCAUAGAGUGCAAAUACUAACAUCGUAUUAUGUGAAUAUAUCUAAAUCUCACCUCCAUUGUUCAAACCCAGUGUAGUUGUAUGACCGAUAAAAAGGUUUGUUUUCACUUCUUUUGUCAUUUCUGAAAAUCUUAUAUGAGC